AUGCGUCUCGUACGUCAAGUCGCAAUCGCACUUGUUGGUGGUCUCUGUGCCACCAGCCACACGUUCGCCAACGAAGGCCGCAGGUUGAUGCCCAUUGACGUCAAUGCUGCGAUAUUGAGCGGCGGUAGCGUCGUCGGACGGGUUCCAGCCAGUGCCGCCGUGUCGUCCAACGUCGUGUGUGGCCACAGAGACGGCGACGACAAGAUCACAGUCACCACGUACCACAACAACGGCCUGUGGCAGCGCAUCAAGCGAUGGUGGAAACAGGCGGUCCAGCGCGAGGACUCUUUUCCGACGGACGGCAGCCGCCACAGGGAAAGUCGCAGGGGCUCCACUGGCACUUCGUUGUCCAUCUCGGACAACAACGAGGGCGGUGGGACCCUCACGUUCAAAGCGGCGCACAACUGCCGACUUCUCCGGCACUUGCAACACGAGUGGGAGCGCUAUCUUGAGACGCUUCAACCUCAACAGGCUGAGGCAAAGGCCGACCGGUCGCUGCGACUCGGUCCGUAA